UUACAGUUCCGAGUGUAUUCCGAAUGCCAUUGGGAGUGCACAUUUUGGCACCUUCAUUACCACUGUGGGACGAAUUGUCAGUGUCUUGUCUGAAGAGACGAACCUCGCGUUUGAACAGCUUGCCUUUUGCGUUGUCAGACACAAGUGUCGUCUGCUAGACGAAACCCGACUCCUCAUGCUCUGCAGUCUGAUUGUAAAAAGCACGACCGUGUGAGAAUGAGUGUCUCAGAAAAUCCACGGACACCUGAAAGUAUGGACAGACAGAAAGAUGCGCUGCCGCAUUCUCCCCCAAGUGUUAAGCCACAACUAUCGUCUAAAGCCACGGCGUUUUCUAUAGCAGCUAUCAUCGGCUCCACGGAAGCAGACGACACUGAUAAAGUUAUUCCUGAAAGCAAGGUUCAAAUUUCACCAUUAGAACGUCUGGUCGAGUCCAACGAUGUUCGAGCAUCUCCUCCGCCGGACAUCAAGGUCAUCAAGAAGGAGAAGGUGGAGAAGACCACCAUGACAUCUACCGGCAGCAAGGAACUUGAGAACGUCCACUGUAGACUGGAGACCAAGGAACUCUGGGACAAGUUCCACGAACUCGGCACUGAGAUGAUAAUCACAAAGAGCGGAAGACGCAUGUUCCCGACGUUGCGGGUGUCGUUCACUGGUCUAGAGCUGGAGACGAAGUACAUGGUGUUGAUGGACAUCGUCCCAGUGGACAACAAGCGCUAUCGAUACGCCUAUCACCGGUCAUCUUGGCUAGUGGCGGGGAAGGCUGACCCCCCUCUCCCCACCAGGUUUUACGUCCAUCCUGACUCCCCGUUCACUGGCGACCAGCUGCAGAAGCAGACGGUCUCGUUUGAAAAGCUGAAACUCACAAAUAACAUGCUGGAUAAGAACGGGCAUGUAGGUAUUAUCUUAAACUCGAUGCACAAGUAUCAGCCCCGUAUCCAUAUAGUGAAGAAGCGGGAUGCCACACCCAAUCAGCCUUCCCUCACAAGUCUCGACGCCGAGGAGUUCAGGACUUUUGUGUUUCCUGAGUGCGUUUUUAUUGCAGUCACGGCCUAUCAGAACCAGCUGAUCACAAAACUGAAGAUCGACAGUAACCCAUUUGCCAAAGGAUUUCGAGACUCGACUCGGCUGACAGAAUUUGAAAGUCCUAUUUUCCGAGAGAGCAUGGAAAGCCUCCUCCACAACCACACUUACGCCCGCUCCCCCAUCCGUUCAUACACCGACGCCGAGCUCGAGGAGGUGAUGCUCAAACAGCGGGAAUACCUCCUAGCCAAGGAUGACCCGUCGUCUAUGGACAAGAACGGCGUGUUCCCGUCCCCUACCUGGUCAAUUUGGCGUCCUAUUUGCUCCACUAUGAUGAACUCGUCCUUCUACACAGCCAGUCGGCCGUUUUAUACAUUCUAUGGAGGCUUUCUUGGACUUGCAAACUCGAACGCACCGUUUCCAUCAGUAGCGUUCCAUCCGGGUCUCACGGGCGUGAACGGGUAUCCUCCUCCUGUGAGGGAGAUGACCCAACCCAGUGCAUCUGUGGUCCCCUCGGAACACUCACCCAGCCCUCACCAUCACCUGGGCAUGUACAACCGAUACCACCCAUACAUGUCCCCUGAUAAACUUAAAAGCCCUGACUCAACUAUGGUGGAUGGUUGUCACCCCUGAUGACCUUCACAUUGUGACUGCAAAGCUCCACACACCGAUAUGUUACACUUCCGGUCGUCAUCGAAAAUUCGGAGACGGCUUCAAUCGGGGACAUGUCUUUCAUCUAUAAUGGCUGUUAUGUGCAGAAAUUGACCACAGAUUAUACGGGGGAAGAUGUUAUGAGUGUUUUGUGUUGAUUUUGUUAUCAGUAAUAUAAAAAGCCAGAAAAUAUACUCUGCUCACAACUGUGAACACAACGCGAGAACUGGUACCUUAGUUUAUUAUUGACAAUUUGUUGAUUAUUGAAAUAUUUAUGGAAUUGACAAGUAAAAUUAUUAAUAUUUUCCUUAUUCUAUUUGUGAAUUAUUCACCUAUUGAUUUGAGAGAACGCAGAUAUAAACGAUUAGUUAACGAUGAGGGCGGUAUGAUAGCAUUGUGGUCUAAGUGUUCGCUAAUCGCUCGGAAGGAGCGGGUUCCACGUGGGUACGUGAUAUGAUAUAACUAGAAUAUUUCUGGAAGCAACGAAAACCAAACUCACUAAGCAGUUAACUAUGAACACGUGAUCGAUGCACAAAGUAACCAGAAUGCUGUGAUUUCAUUCCAAAUCAACAAGAAAGCAAACAUAGCUACGGGAAAAGACAAAUGUUUAUGAUUGUUGUACAGUCACAUAUCACUUGUAAAUAUUUCAUAAAGUUUGUAAAUGUCUUCCAUGUACAUGCAUGUAUACGAGAUUCUGUACCACUCUCCUCGCUGUACAAAGUGUGUUCAUAUCAAGAACUUGUGUUUGUAUGUUAUGUGAUAUAUUUCUGAAUCAGCUGUUCUGUAAAUAAAGAAAUUGACCAUGA